CUUCAAUAAUCUCAAAGAACGACAAAUUGCAACAAUUUGAUAUGAAAUUUGGCUGUUUUUGUGGCAAAUAAUGAAGAAAGUUAGCCAGCCAGUUGUUCGUAAGAUUUACGGAGGAUCACAAGUACAAACACAAGGUCAGACGACUCACAUCCAGCAACAAAAUGCCGUACGGAAAAUAAAUAGCCUACUGCAAAGUGGCACGGUAAGUGUAACGCAAAGCUCCGGACAGCAAAUGCACCAUCCCCAAACCAAAGUAAUUCAAAGACAAUUUCUGCCGACGCAGCGAACAACGACGAUCAAUCAGACGUCGUUGUUGCACCGCAAGUGUUUCAUAUGCGACGAGACGGUUCAGCCGAGCAUCGCGCAUUCCGUGGCGGACACGACGACAGCGAGCACCCAAACGAAGCUCACGACGAAAAUCGCCCGUCUCGUGGGUCAAGGCUACAUGGUUAUCAUCGGGACUGACGAUGUGCUCUGCCGGCGCUGUUAUAACCUCUUCAAUCUCAUGGACAAGGCGGAAGCAGACAUGGAGAAACACAAAACGACCAUCAGCAACUUCCUCAAGAAGAAGUACAGCAUACUCGAUGAUGGGCUCGACAUCGAAACGGGCGCCAACAACGGUUUGAAUCGCAGCACGCUCCAAUCGCCGCCCGUCAAAAUGCAACGUUUGAACAACACGACGGGCAACAGCAUCAAUCGCGUCGUCACGCAACACAACAACAGCGACGUGCAACUGCGAAAAGUCAAUUCGACGGGACACACGAACAACGACAGUCUCGAUUCGCCCAACAAAUCCAUGCAAAAAGGCACCACCAAAUUGUACAAAUGCAUGUCCUGCGAAUACAAAUCCACGGAUUUGAGCACUUUUGAUGCCCAUUAUCAGGAAUGCAAGGGUCAGAACAACAAAACGACAACCAACAGUCCGAGCACAACGUUGGCUAAGAAGAUUGUAACGACUUCACAGAUUCACGCCUGUUCAAUGUGCAAGUAUAAAACUGCCGAUAAGGCAACUUACGAGGAACACGUAAGAAAGCAUUACAAGAUGCGCCCAUUUAAAUGCCGUAUUUGCACACAAAGAUUCGAGACCCGAGAGCAAGCUCAAGUGCACGCAAAAACACAUCAACCGGAUUAUUUCAAAUGCGGCAUGUGUUCCGCGACUUUCCACAUGCGCGAUUUGCUGAUGAAGCAUUUGGAGACGCACGACAAAACGAAGCAAGGCGGCGUUCAGAUGGUUUCAAGCGUACAUCCCGUAACGACGUCAUCUUCGGGCGGCGGCGGCAACACCACGCAAAAACUCCUUCAAGAAACAAUUGACGAGGCACUCCGUGACUCUGCAGCGGUCGACAUUAGUGCGAAAAACAUCCAAUUUCACUCGUGCGACACGUGUUCCGUUACAUUCUUAAACGAAGCCUUAUAUUUGCAACACAUGAAGCAACAUGCAAAGCCCUCGGCGAGUUCCCGAACCGCAUCGGGCGCGUCAUCGCAACGAACUACCAGCAACAAUGGCAGUUACAGCGAAGAUGCGUCAAAUGCAAAGCAAGAGCAACAAGGCGUUUCCGACGAUUUGGAGAGCAUAUUUGAACGCAUGCAUGCCGAUAAAGCGGAAAUUAAUGCAAACGCAGCUGCCGCCUCAAAUUCCGAAAAUAUGGUAAUAACACAGGAAAACACAUCAACGGGCGGGAUUACAUUCAACAUAACAAUUCCGCCGUCGGCAGUAGCAGGAACGAAUGCGGGAGACGGAGAAGACACAAAACAACAGAUAAGUAUCGAUAUGCCGACCCUCGAUGGGGAUUUGGGACAAGAAACGGCAAAAUCCGAAGAUGCCAAGCAAGAGGAACAGCAACAAGUGUUACAAGCACCCGUCAGUAUGCCAAGUUUAGAUGACGAUCAAGACGGAAAUACGCAAGAAAGUCAAGUUUCCAACACAGAUGCGGUCCCCAUGGAGCUCGAUGAGAUCCAAACGGGCGCCGAUGGGCAACAAAUCAAAUUCAUUUUGAACGAAAACGGGCAAAUUCUAUCGUUAGACAACCACAUUCUCACAACCGACAUGGAUGGCAAUCAAAUUCUCGUGCCGGGCGCCGACGUUGAGCAACUUCAAGCUCUUUUGCAGAGCGGCGGCGUCGUUAUGCAAGGCGAAGAAGAAGGACAGCAAAUUCUCGUGCAAGGCACCGACAUUGAACAACUUCAAGCGCUCAUUCAAAGCGGAAAUGUCGUGAUGCAAGGCGAAGAAGGCAUCGGCGAAGGUCAACAAAUUCUCGUACAAGGCGCCGAUAUGGAAGGACUUCAAGCUCUUAUUCCGCAAGGCGAGCUAAAUGCCGAAGGAACUCACAUUACGACAGAAGAUGGCAUCCAAAUUCCCGUUUCCAUUACGUUCGGAGGCACGGAAGGCGAGCACAUUGCGGUGCAAGAAGGCGCAGAAGGCUCCGACGAGCAAAUGUUAUUGGCUCAGCAGCAACAACAACAACAAGAAGCCGAUCAAGCGGAUCAAGAAGGCGGACAAACGUUAAUGCUGUUGCAACAAGGCGCCGCUGGGGAACAAGGACAGGGCGAAGAAACGACAGAAGGCGAACAACAACAAGCCGAAACGGAGCAACAGACGACGGAAGGAGCUACGGAGGAGCAAACUGACGCUGCCAAGAGUGAAGCUACAUCCGGAAAUGACGGAUUUCUAAAUUUUGAUGAACUUAUUCAACCACAAAUUAUCAAUAAGGAGACGACAGCAACAACUACAUCUAGUAAUUAGAAACAAAAAUUGUUGUAAUAACGUUAGGACCUUGUAUAAAAAAUCUUAAAAAUUCAUCCAUUUAUCGCGAUGAUCUUUAAAAUAUAAAAAAAAACACAUGAAAACAAAAGAAAAUGUACAGAAACGGUUUUAUAAAAAAAAAAUACGGAAUGGUGUCACUUUAGAAUGGCUUUAAUUAAUUUUUUAGUUACCACUUGACGGUAACAUCAGAUCGCUUUUAUCAUCAAAACAAACAAAAAAAAAUGUAGGAAAUUGCUGGAAAAAUGAACGAAAUUGUAAAAAAAAAAUUCAACUCGAACCCAUUAUUAAUUCAAUUAUUAGUUUCAUUUCAUCAUUCAUUAUUAUCAUUAUAAAAAAAAAUCUUAUCAUAACUAUUAAAAUUAUUAUUAUUAUUAUUACAAUG